UCCAUAUGCCACAGGUUUGGUUCUAAAAAAAGCAAAAAAUAAAAAUAAAAUAUAAAAUAAAAUCCUAAUCCACAAACCACACAUCAACCUGGAAACAUGUACAAAGUUCUGGAGGACGAGGAUAUCUGUUUUGGUUUUGCUUCACUUAGAUGGAUUGUCAUCAUUCCACUGGGACUACCCUGUCACAUCCACCUUUGCACUUUCAAAGAAGUGGGAAGAGGACAAAGACCUCUCAGUCCCAGGAAUGAACAGACCUGGUCAUGGAAGGAGAUAUGGGCUGCCUGUGGCAUGGGGACUGGCACAGAGCAGGAGCUCAGUACCAUACCUCUCACUGAUAUCCAGCAGCAGGGGUCUGAGGGGGGUCCCCCAAGUCCUCCCAGCCUGACACAGGUGCUCCCCAGUGUUGGCGUCUGAGGGGCCCUCAGGGUGCCCUGAGCUGGAGGGCUGUGGCUUGUCCCCAAGAGACUGCUUCCUUCUUUGGGGACAUUGUCUGUAGCUAGAGGCUCAGAACAGCCAGCAUGCAUUCUGCCAAUUCACAGGACAUUCCUGAAAGCCCAGCACUCCCUCACCAAUGCGAAGUGGCUUCCUGCCAUCCCACUGGGUAGGGGAGUUAAGGGUUGCCCAGGGCCACUCAGUUUAGCAAGACCUGCCUGACUCCUGCAGCCCCCACACCCCUAGAGUUGGGGGUGCCUGGAUGGUACCCAGCUAGAUGGAGUACACGCAUGGGGAUGGGGGAUCAAGGAGGGGUUCUGAGGCACCAGAUCCCCAGCGGCUGCCCUCCCAGACCAGGAUUUUAACCUGCCCUGGCUUCAGAGCCUGCCCUGGAGCCUUGGGCAUCCUCAUCUGUGAACCAAACCAGGGCUAGGUCAUCCUGAGAACCUAGAGUUAACCUAGAGCUAAGAGGGAGUGAGCUGCCUGGGUGUUUGUGACUGCGAGGUGGGGCCUGCGCUGGGUCUGGCCCCCCGCGGGCGGGGGCGGGCUCUGGCGCAGUCUGCACCGGCAGGCCAGGCGGGGCGGUCUCAGCGCUCAGAGCUGCUCAGCAGCCACAGCAGGUGGGUCGGAGUCCUGCGGAAACAGACUCAGGCCCCAGAGAGGUGGUACCUGGGGACAAGGUGCUAGCAGCUGGCUUGGUGCUCCUCUCAGCUGCCACAAUGGCCUCAAGGCUGGCACGCUUCUGUCAGAAGCUGAAACGGCGGAAGCCGCUGGAGGAGGCCACCAUGGAGACGUUGCUGCAGCGCUGCCUGUCCACGCUGGACCUGACCAUGCUGGGAGUGGGGGCCAUGGUGGGCUCAGGCCUCUAUGUGCUCACCGGCACUGUGGCCAAGGAGAUAAGCGGCCCUGCUGUGAUCGUGUCCUUUGGUGUGGCUGCCGUGGUUUCCCUGAUGGCGGCCCUGUGCUACGCAGAAUUUGGGGCCCGCGUGCCCCGCACAGGCUCGGCCUACCUGUUCACCUAUGUGUCCAUGGGUGAGCUGUGGGCCUUCCUCAUCGGCUGGGACUUGGUGCUUGAGUAUCUCAUUGGUGGCGCUGCGGUGGCCCGUGCCUGGAGUGGCUACCUGGAUGCCAUGUUCAACCACCGCAUCCGCAACUUCACCGAGGUCCACGUGGGCGUCUGGCAGGUGCCCUUCCUGGCCGGGUAUCCAGACUUCUUGGCUGCUGGCAUCCUGCUCUUGGUCUCCAUCUUUGUCUCCUGUGGAGCCCGCGUCUCCUCCUGGCUCAACCACACCUUAUCUGCCAUCAACAUGACCGUCAUCCUCUUCACCAUCAUCCUGGGGUUCAUCCUGGCCCGCCCGCAAAACUGGGGCAAGCAGGAGGGUGGCUUUGCACCCUUUGGCUUCUCUGGCAUCUUGGCCGGCACCGCAACCUGCUUCUAUGCCUUUGUGGGCUUCGAUGUCAUCGCUGCCUCCAGCGAGGAGGCUCGGAACCCGAAGCGAGCCGUGCCUGUGGCCAUCACCGUCUCGCUGGGCCUGGCAGCCAGUGCCUACAUCCUGGUCUCCACUGUGGUCACUCUCAUGGUGCCCUGGCACCACCUGGCCCCUGACUCGGCACUUGCCGACGCCUUUUACGAGCGGGGCUAUGGCUGGGCUGGCUACAUCGUGGCGAUUGGUUCCAUCUGCUCCAUGAACACGGUCCUGCUUGGUAUCCUCUUUUCCCUGCCACGCAUCAUCUACGCCAUGGCUACAGAUGGGCUCUUCUUCCAGGCGUUUGCCUACGUGCACCCCAGGACACAGGUGCCUGUAGUGGGCAUCAUGGUGUUCGGGGCCCUCACAGCUUUUGUGGCACUGCUGCUGGACCUCGAAGCACUGGUCCAGUUCCUGUCCAUUGGCACCCUGCUGGCCUACACUUUCGUGGCCAUCAGCGUCAUCGUGCUCCGCUUCCAGAAGGCCCCUGCAUCCAGUUCCACCAGCCCAGAAAGCUCUGUCCCUGCGGCCAAGGAGUACAACUCCUUCUCAGACCACAUAGAGCUGGUGGGCACUGAGCAGGGCCCAGCCUCUGAGCCUGGGCAGCUGCGGCCAGCCCUGAGGCCCUACCUGGGCUGCCUGGAUAGGUGCUGCCCUGGGACAGCCGUGGCUUGGGCAAUCGGGGUCCUGGUGGUCUCGGGCGCCAUCCUGGCCUGCACACUGACCAUCGGGAACUCAGUCCUGAAGCUCCCUCACUGGGGCUCUGUCCUGCUGCUCCUGCUCAGCGGCGGCAUGUUUCUGCUCAGUCUUAUUGUCCUGGGGGCCUACCAGCAGCAACGCCAGCAGGACAUCUUCCAGGUACCUCCCUGCCAAUGCCAUCAGCCCACCAGCCCCCUCCUCCCCACUUCCUCUGCUCCCACAGCAGGGGAGGCGACACACAUGUCCCCCUCUGACUGCCUCAUGAGUGGGCCCUGGGCAUGGCAUGCAGCCCUUCCCUGUGGCCCAGCCCCGCCCUGCCCUUGCCUCUCAGAUACCCAUGGUGCCACUGAUUCCAGCAGUGAGCAUCUUCCUCAACAUCUGCCUCAUGCUGAAGCUGAGCAUCCUGACCUGGUUGCGCUUCUUCAUCUGGCUGGUGAUCGGACUCACAGUGUAUUUCGGGUACGGCAUGCGGCACAGCAAGGAGAACCAGCGGGAGCUGCCAGGGCUGACCAUCACACGCUAUGUGGUCUUCCCCAGCGGCAGCUCACUGGAGGAGACAGUGCAGGCUGUGCAGCCCCCCAGCCAGGCACCAGCCCAGGAGUCUGGCCACUUGGAGCAGCCCUCCAGUCCAUGAGGACUGCUGGGGGCCUGCCCUCCACCUUGGGAGGCCCGCCUUCUAUCCAGGCCAGCUCUGGUUCAGGUCUGCUCACACCAGGGGGUCCUUGGGGCUGCAGUGGGCGUGACCAGCACUGGUGUGGUAGACUCUUUGCCCGGUGCCUUCCAGUUCAUGACCCACUCCAGCAGCCUGGGCAGGUGGGGUGGAGUUGGGGGGUAGAUGAGGCUCCAGCCCCAGGAAUAUACAAUAAUAACUGCCCAGCCAGCCAUGCGGCCUGCAUUGUAUCCAUUGUCUUUGUGGCACUGGGAAGCACGCAGUUGUCCCCACUGCACAGCAAGGUGCAGGGGUUCUGCAGCGGGGAGGUGCCAGGCCCGGUACAUCUUUGUCCCACCUUCAGGGGCUUUGCGUAAAGUCUCCAGAUGGUACACAUGUGGGGAGGCGUGUGCAAGAGCCUAGGCCUGCUAAAGGUAACUUCUGGCCUACCCAGUCCUUGAGGGUCCCCAGGCCCACCUUGUUCUGCCCCACGGGUCACCCUAUGCGGUGCUGUCCCCACCACAGACAUUUCCAGCUCUCAUCACUGCCCUUAAGGACCACACAGGAAGCUGCUGGCUUUGACAAGGCUUUACUCCCCAACUCUGGAGCCACACAUCAGUUUCCUCUGUGCCCCGUCCACGUGACCCCAUCCUGGUAAAGGCUCUCUCACCCUGGCCUGCUUCUCCAAGGCCACUGCACUGGAGAUUGACAGGCAGCGGCGAACCAAGGCUUUGCUGAGGCUCCAAGUGCCAGAUGGCUGCAGAUGGUAGCCCAGCCUGAGCCCCAGCCCUGGCCCUCCCCAGCUGGUCCACGUCACUGCACUGGCAAUAGGCCAGGGCCCAUGAGAAAGCAUCCCCUCACCCCCUGAGUGGGCAUUCCCAAGUCCCUGCUAGUGGCCUGGGGCCAAGACAGUGUCUGACUCCUGCAGCCUGUCCCCCCUGCUGAUGGCGGCCCCCCAGGCAUGGUGAGUUCUCCAGCAUGCAAGGCUCAGACCCCGUGAGGAUUCCAGAGCCAGGCCAGUCUGCUGGGAGCCUCUGUGAUGUGUUUGGGGCAUUCCAUCUGGCCACUGGGCUCCACCUGAGGUGCCGUUGCCUCAGGCUGGUUCUUAUGUGUGACCUUGGGCAACAGUGAAUUCCAGAUGUACACCCUCCCCACCCCCACAGGUUCCAGGAGGUUGGGCUGGGUGUCACCAAGGCAGCACACAGAAGGGCCCCAAGGACCAAGGACCACUGACUCAGCUCCUCCACCCUUGGCUCCCAACCCUCCAGGGCCAAAGGGCUGCCACCAGGGAGGGGAUGGUGCUCACAAACCGAGCAAGUGCUGUGCCAUUGCAUGGGGCCCCAACUGCCCUCCUCCACAUUCCACAAGGCCCCCACCCAAUCCCCAAACUGGGUGAGGGCUCAGGGCAGCCCAGCACCAGAGCAGUGGAAACAGCCUUCCAGUCAGACUUCUUUCUGUCCUGCCUUAGACUCCAGCUGCACAGACCCUGGACCAGCGCGGCUGAGCCAGGCUGGGCAGGUGGGGGUUCUCCUGCAGUGGGGGUGUCACCAAGAGGGGAGGGCUGGAGGCUCCUUAGACAGUGGGAGGGUCUGUGCUGGUCAUGCAUGAGUGGGAUGCUGCUAGGAGCCCUGGUGACAGAGCUGGAAGAGAGUUCCCCAGACAGGCGCAGCUGGAGCCACGUCCCACUACAGGGCUCUGCUCUCCCCAGGCAGCACCCACUGAGGCCAGUGUCAGGGGACAGACUGUCUGCCUGGGAGCUGAAUGGUGGAAUCCUCCUCCCACCCCCACCCUGGUCCUGCUGGGGCUGCAUCUGGGAAGUCCCCAAGGUGAGGCCCCUCCCUUCCAGCCCUCACCCCCACCACAGAGAAGAGGCCUCAGGAGAGGGCUGGUGAGUGGGGGCCAGUAAGUGGGGCCCCAGCCACAGCCUCAGUGACCAGCUACAACUAUCAGCUGUGGCUGCAGGGACAGGUGCUGGCCCCUCUAAGGCUCCCGGGCAGCUGGGCACCGGGGUGCAGAGGCUGGCUCUGAUGGCUCAGGGCUGGCAGUCACCUUUGGAGCCUUUGCCUGCAGGUGAAGACAGCAGGUCAGGGCUCUAGCUGACAUCCUCCACAAGCAGAGCAGAGCCCCAAGGCUGGACAGACCCACAGUUACCUCCUCGUACUUGGUCCUCCAGUAGAAAUGAGCUUGUCCAUCCACGUACAAGAGCAGCAGGUCACAGAGGAAUGUGAUCUGUGAGAGCAGGGUGGACCUGUGGCCGGGCCGCCACCUGCCCCCUCCACUUCCCCACCUCCCCUCUGGGGUGUGGCUGUGCCUGGGGUGGGCCUGGGUCCCACUUGCUGAAGCCACUCACCACGCCCAGCCAAGCUGCUCCUGUGCCCAGAGUGAUGGCUGUGGGGAUGAGCCCGAAUUUCCCUGCC